AUGAUCGAAUUACCUCGGAUCACCAGAGCUCUUCGUGCACACACUCAACUCGAUAAGCCACGAUGUUUGAAGCCGAUCAUAGACCCUACAAAAUCUUUACAACUGAAGAAGAAAAAUUUACAAAGGUUCAAAUCCUACACAGAUAUUUACAAUUAUGUGAAACAAAACGAGCCCGAAUCAACAGAAAUAUUGAAACUCUUUCCGCAACUAAAAGAAGCAUGCAAGCUUCUCACGGGAGACCAGUCAGAUGAAAUCAUUAAAGAUGCUGCGGUUCUAACAUUGAGAAUGUUCCUGGAUCAAGAUAUUGUAAUGCUGAAGCAUAUGUCACAGCUUAGGCAAACUUUUGGAACUGUGCUCUCUGCGACGGCUAAUAAGAUUUGUGAGAUCGUAACAAAAAUAUCUGAGCAACUAUCUGACAAUACAAAGGACUACAUAAGGACGGAGGAAGCUGAAUCCAAUAAAGAGAACCUCAAAUUAUGGGGAGAUCACAUCCAGUGUCAUUACGUUCCUUACAAACCCGUGAAGAAACCACUUGCCAAGUUGACGAGUAAACCUGCUACUGCAAGUGCCUUCGUUACAGAUUUUUCUAUGAAAUAUGAUAGUGCAAGUCAGGCUAAAGCGAUUGCAGGACCUUCUAAAGUGCCUGCACCUGUACUGGAGUCUAAAUACGGCAAAACCUGGUUAGAAACUAAAGUAAAGGAACAAUAUGAAAAUGCAGCUGGGAUCUCAAGUGCGGACAUACUUCAGUCCAUAAUCACAUUACUGAACUCUCCACGGACUAAUGACGAAAUGCAAAAUGAUCUCUUUGAGUUACUUGGCUUUGAUAAGUUCGAGUUCAUACUGGAUAUACUGGAACAUAGGCAGGAUAUCAUCAAUAGUUUGAAGGCACCUCCGGCUGGUCCUACCUUGUCUGAGAUUGCAGCAAUACUCCCUGAAAACAAAAUGCCGCAGUAUCUAUGCCAAGUGUCAGUGUUGUCUGAACAGGAGAAGAUGUUAGCAAAAAUAGUGAGAAAAGAAGAGAAGAAAGCAAAGAACAGAAGGAUUGAAGAAGAUGAUGAUGAACAGGAGAUUAAUAUUUCUCAGAUGAGAGCUAGAAGAUUGGCAGAGUUAUCAAAACCAGUGGUACCAUUUUCUACAUCAUCACGGUCAAGCAAUAUAGACCCCAUUCUCCAAAAGAUAUCAUAUUUCCAAACUAAAGUGCAGUAUCCGAAUGUGUAUGACUCGUCUAUCAAUGCUAAAAAUUCAGCCGGAUUCGUGUCAGGCCUCAAACUGAUACUACCGGAGAAUGCAGUAAGGAAAGAUACCAAAGAAAUGGAAGAAGUCAUCAUUCCUAAGAAUGACCCUCCACCUCUAACAGUUGGAAACCAGCGCGUACCCGUAGCUGAAUUGGAUGAGAUCGGUCAAAUGGCCUUCGAGAAUAUAAAAGAACUGAACAGGAUUCAAUCAGUGGUAUUCCAGACAGCUUACAACACAAAUGAAAACUUAUUAAUCUGUGCCCCCACUGGGGCGGGUAAGACGAACAUUGCCUUACUAACUGUGGUACAUCAGAUCAAACAACAUAUUGAGAACAAUGUUAUUAUGAAGAAUAAAUUUAAGAUAAUCUACAUAGCUCCAAUGAAGGCGUUGGCAUCGGAAAUGACGGCGUCCUUCGGCCGUCGUCUCAAAGGGCUUGGUAUUCUAGUGAGGGAACUGACAGGAGAUAUGAAGUUGACCAAAUCUGAAGUACAACAGACGCAGAUGAUUGUCACUACUCCUGAGAAGUGGGAUGUUGUAACCAGGAAGGGAGCCACCGACACGGAACUAGCAUCAAUAGUAAAACUUAUAAUUAUCGACGAAGUUCACUUGUUGCACGGCGAUAGAGGUCCGAUUGUCGAGGCGAUUGUUGCAAGAACGCUGCGACAAGUCGAGUCGACGCAGAACAUGAUACGCAUAGUCGGACUGUCUGCUACACUGCCCAACUAUGUGGAUGUGGCUAGGUUCUUACGAGUGAAUCCCAACAUCGGUUUAUUUUACUUCGACUCCCGGUUCCGUCCAGUGCCAUUGGAACAACAGUUCAUUGGUGUUAAGGAAACUGGCAGCGGCGGAGGAAUGCAUCUUAGAACGAUACAAACUAUGAACGAGAUAUGCUACGACAAAGCAGUAGACAUGGUACAAAAAGGCCACCAAGUAAUGGUAUUCGUGCAUGCGCGUAACGCAACGCAUCAAACGGCUAUGGUCCUUAAAGAAAUAGCCCAGAAGAAGGGACAUUUGAAACAUUUUGAGCCAGAAGAUACAGGCGCUUUCCUUAAAGCCAAGAAGUCUAUAAGUAGCAGCCCUAAUAAGCAGCUUGGUGAACUGUUCGCUAGUGGAUUCGCUUGUCAUCAUGCUGGUAUGCUGAGGAGUGAUCGAAACAUGGUCGAAAAAUACUUUGCGGAAGGUUUUAUAAAAGUACUAGUUUGUACGUCAACUCUAGCGUGGGGUGUCAACUUACCAGCUCACGCUGUUAUUAUAAGAGGUACAGAAAUCUACGACCAAAGCCACGGUACAUUCGUGGAUCUAAGUAUACUGGAUGUGCUUCAAAUAUUUGGUCGAGCGGGAAGGCCGCAGUUCGAUACUUCUGGAACGGGCAUAAUUAUAACUACACAUGAUAAAUUAACGCAUUAUUUGAAGUCCAUGACCAAUCAAUUCCCUAUUGAGAGUAACUUCAUCAAUCUGCUGGCUGAUAAUUUGAAUGCUGAGGUUGCGCUGGGUACCGUAACAAAUAUAGAAGAAGCUGUCGAGUGGCUCAGUUACACGUAUCUCUUCGUGAGAAUGAGAAUUAAUCCUCAGGUAUACGGUCUAUCAUAUACGGACGUACAAGAGGAUCCGAUGUUAGAGACUAGACGUCGCGAGCUGAUCACUGCCGCCGCCAUGCAACUAGACAAUACACAUAUGAUCAGGUUCAACGAACGGACUGGGCAGCUUAAUAUUACUGAUUUGGGUCGCACAGCGAGUCACUACUACAUAACGUGUGAGACCAUGGAGGUGUUCAACUCUAUGGUCCGCAAGUCUAUGACACAGGGGUAUGUGCUGGAAAUGCUCACCAGGUGCUCUGACUUCCAGCAGCUUAAAGUGAGAAAAGAAGAGCUAACAGAGCUAUGGAACCUCAAAGACCAGUACUGUGAGCUCCGCAUCGAGGAUGCGCCAGAAGAUAUACAUUGGAAGAUUAAUAUACUGCUGCAGACUUACCUGUCCAGGGGACGCGUCAAUGGAUCGUCGCUGCAGUCCGAUUUGAAUUAUAUUAGCCAGAACGCCGUCCGUAUAGUCAGAGCUCUCUUCGAGAUAACCCUACGCAAGAACAAUGCGUACAUGGCAGGGUUAUACCUAAAAAUGGCGAAAAUGUUAGAACUACAACAGUGGGACUUCUAUAGUGACAUGCGACAGUUUAACUGUUUCACUAUCGAGACGUUGAAGCAUAUCGAGUAUCCGAUGUUGAAACCCGACCAGAUCAGAGAUAUGGACUGGAAGGAAGUCGGCGAUUUGAUCCGCAACCCGAAGAACGCUCGUCAUCUAAAGAAGUGUGCUGACGAGUUCCCGCUACUGGAGAUGGAAGCCAGCCUGCACCCCAUCACGCGGACUGUGCUGAGGAUACGACUGUCCAUUACACCUAACUUCAAAUGGAACGACCGAUAUCACGGCAAGGCUCCCGAAGCAUUCUGGAUCUGGGUGGAAGACCCGGAGACUGACAUUAUGUACUACCACGAAUACUUCCUUAUUACUAAGAAACAGGUCGUAACAAAAGAACCGCAAGAGUUGAUAAUCACGAUACCAAUCAGUGAGCCCCUCCCCCCUCAAUACUACAUCCGAGCAACGUCAGAGAGAUGGAUUGGUUCAGAAAGUGUAUUGCCGCUCACGUUCCAACACUUAAUUCUGCCCGAGACUCAUCCACCUCACACAGAUCUCCUAGAACUGCAACCACUACCAGUGACAGCUCUAAACAACCCCAACUUCGAGAUGUUAUACAACUUCAGCCACUUCAACCCCAUACAGACGCAGAUAUUCCACUGUUUGUACCACACAGACCAUAAUGUACUGCUCGGCGCUCCCACCGGGUCUGGCAAGACCAUCGUCGCUGAAGUUGCCAUGUUCAGAGUUUUUAAUCAGUAUCCUAAUUGUAAGGUCGUUUACAUCGCACCACUGAAAGCUCUUGUAAAAGAAAGAAUAAAGGAUUGGAAAGUGCGUCUACAGGAAAGACUUGGAAAACAAGUUGUUGAGUUGACAGGUGACGUAUCACCUGACAUCCGAGCGAUCCGUAACUCGCAUGUGAUAGUGACAACUCCUGAAAAAUGGGACGGCAUCAGUCGAUCCUGGCAGACCAGGAACUAUGUCAAAGAUGUCGCACUGAUAGUCAUUGAUGAAAUACAUCUGCUGGGAGAGGAUAGAGGACCUGUGCUAGAAGUUAUCGUGUCCAGGACAAACUUCAUAGAAUCCCACACAUCUCGAAAAUUGCGUAUCAUUGGUCUCUCCACUGCUCUAGCCAACGCCAAGGAUCUAGCGAACUGGUUGAAUAUCGGAGAAAUGGGACUGUACAACUUCAGGCCUUCGGUGCGACCUGUGCCUUUGGAGGUGCAUAUAUCAGGCCACCCCGGCCGCCACUACUGCCCCCGCAUGAUGACAAUGAACAAGCCAACGUUCCAAGCUAUACGCACUCACUCGCCGUGCGCGCCUACACUAGUGUUCGUGUCCAGUAGGCGGCAGACUAGGCUAACCGCUUUAGAUCUAAUAGCUUACUUGGCUGCUGAAGACAAUCCCAAACAAUGGCUGCACAUGCAAGAAUCAGAGAUGGAACAAAUUCUUGCCAACAUUCGGGAAUCGAACUUAAAACUGACGCUAGCGUUUGGUAUUGGUAUCCAUCAUGCUGGUUUGCACGAAAGAGAUAGAACUACUGUUGAAGAGUUAUUUAUUAAUCAGAAAAUACAGGUUCUUAUCUGCACAGCCACUCUAGCAUGGGGCGUGAACUUCCCAGCCCACUUGGUGGUCAUCAAGGGCACAGAGUACUACGAUGGCAAACAGAAGAGAUACGUGGACAUGCCCAUAACGGAUGUCUUGCAGAUGAUGGGCAGAGCUGGACGUCCACAGUAUGACAACGAAGGUGUAGCAGUAGUGUUGGUACACGAUCAGAAGAAGAACUUCUACAAGAAGUUCCUUUACGAACCGUUCCCAGUGGAGUCUAGUCUGCUGGAAGUGCUGCCCGACCAUCUUAAUGCUGAAAUUGUAGCUGGUACGGUCCAAACAAAACAAGACAUCCUAGACUACAUGACUUGGACGUAUUUCUUCCGUCGCCUGCUAAAGAACCCGUCCUACUACAACCUGGAGAGCGUGGAGCCUCAGGACGUCAACUACUACCUGUCUAACUUGGUACAGAGCUCGUUGGAUGCACUGGCUAAUGCUAACUGCUUGGAGAUUGAGGAGGACCUCCGCACAGUCCACUACACGUGGAUGGGUCGUAUCGCAUCGUACUACUACCUGUCGUACAAGACGAUGGCGCACUUUACCCGCACACUUCACAACAACAUGAACGUCGACGACUUGCUGCGGGUACUGGCCGACAGCGAGGAGUACGCCACUCUACCCGUCAGGCAUAAUGAGGACCUACUUAAUGGCGAGCUCUCCCAGCAAUGCCGGCUUCCAGUAGACGCUCUAAGCCUCGACUCAUCCAACGUAAAAGCCUUCCUGCUACUACAAGCACACAUGACUAGACUACAGCUACCUAACACUGACUACUUGACAGACACCAAGUCUGUACUGGAUCAAACUAUUAGAAUAUUACAGGCAAUGAUAGAUACAUCAGCGGAAAACGGCUGGCUAUCAGUCUGUCUAUCCUGUCAGAUGCUAAUGCAAAGCAUAGUUCAAGCAAGAUGGCCGACAGAAUCCCCCCUACUGACCCUCCCACACAUAGACUCCCAACAUUUGUACAUAUUCUCAAAAAUGGCUAAAGAUACUCACAAACCUUGCAAUAUGCUCAAUGGAUUGAAAGUGGUUUGUAUGAGAAACUAUGAGCUGUUAGCCAAGUAUAUGAGGAGGGAGUUCGAAGAGAAUCAGAUUGAACAGAUACAUAGGGCCAUAUGUGAUAUGCCGACGUUGGACGUAAAGCUAUCUGUCCGUGGUCUUUGGUUCGACAGUGAAGGUGAACAGGACAAACGCAUACGGCAACCGCCGGCUAGAGACGAAUGGUUGACGCUACAUGCUGACCAGGAAUACACCCUCCUAAUAGAGCUACACCGUCGUGGCGGUAAUCCAAACAACGUACUAUGUCCUCGCUUCCCCCGCGGUAAGAACGAGGGCUGGAUACUCACCCUCGGUACUGUUGAUGAUGGCGAGCUACACGCCUUGAAACGAGUGCCGCCUAGAGGAACUGCACAGGUUACCUUCUAUACGCCUUCGAGGAAAGGUCGUAUAAUCUACACUCUAUACGUGUUAAGUGACAGUUACAUGGGCCUCGACCAACAAUACGACUUACAAAUAGAACUCAUAGAUCCACUGCCUUCUGAGAACAUCGAGAGGGUCUACAACAUAGAUAAGACUAUUAUUGAAUAA